AUGGAAGCCUCUGACCCCCCCGCCACAGUCGCGCAUUGUGCAGAUCUUCAACAUCGUCAUCGUCCCGAUCCUGUGGUCGGAGUGCGGGAAGGGGGCUUCCAGCCUGCUGCUUCAGGCAUGUAUGAUUUAAUUUCUGAACUAUCGGUACCUGACCAUCCUUCAAGUUCUAGCAUUUCUGAUCGCCGCCAUGAUACGUGCAACAUCUGGAUCAACUAUCAGAAUGUGCGGGGACUGCGAACAAAAAUCGACGAGUUUUUUCUUCACGCUGAAGACAGCAUGUACGAUGUCAUCAUUCUCACCGAAACCGGCUUAGACGACCGCAUCCAUUCGCUCCAGCUUUUUGGGAACUCAUACAAUGUUUUUCGGUGCGACAGGAGCGCCAUGAAUAGUGAGAAACGUUCUUUCGGAGGUGUUUUGAUUGCUGUGGACAAACAAUUCCCAUGUACUCUUUUUGUACCCGCACACGGAAGGCAUUUAGAGCAGGUAUGCGUUCGAGCGACUAUUCGUUCUAAGAAAAUAUUACUGUGCGCCGUAUAUAUACCACCGGACAAAAGUAACGAUGCAUCUGUCAUCGAUGCACAUGUUGCUUCUGUUCGCGAAUUUUGUGACGAUAGUUGUCCUGAUAGCACGGUAGUUGUUUGCGGCGACUAUAACCAGCCUCGAAUCGCCUGGGACAUAUGCAACGGUGUGAUACAGCAUACUAAUCCUGCCCAGCUCUCUGCAAGUAAUGCAACAUUGAUUGAUGGGAUGGACUUUCUAGACCUAUAUCAGGCUAACUUGCAGCGUAAUUAUCUUGGAAGAGUGUUGGAUCUUGUUUUCUGCACUAGUGGUAGUAACGUUUUGGUUGAUAGUUGUGAAAUGCCGCUGAUUCAACCUGAUUCGCAUCAUCCUCCUCUAGUAAUUAAGCUGCCUGUUUCCAACUGUCCAGCUUCCACUCCAGUGUAUGUCUCACCGUCAAGACAGGAAUUGAAUUACCGCAAGAUCGAUUUCGUUGCCCUUUCCGCAUAUCUUUCGAGCAUUGAUUGGACUAGUUUGUUUGAGUCAGAAUCGGUUGACAUUAUGACUUUGCGCUUUUGCGAUGCUAUUCGCUCAUGGUUGACCGAAACAUUACCUUUCGUGAAGCCCCCCUCCGCACCUGCAUGGGGCACCAGCAUGCUACGGCACUUGAAACGACUUCGAAACACUUAUCAGCGUAAACACCGUAAAUGGCGAACUGUUCAAACAAAAUACCACUUUAAACGUGCCAGUGAAAAGUACCGACGGCUAAAUGCUAGUUUGUAUAAAUCGUAUGUUCUGAGCGUUCAGGCUAAUUUGCGAAGAAACCCAAAAAAGUUCUGGAGCUUCGUAAACUCGAAAAGGAAAAGCUCUGCAAUUCCGUCGGAAGUGUUUUUCAAUGAAUCUACCUCCUCAACUGAAUCGGAUGCUUGUAAGUUGUUUGCUACGUUCUUUUCGUCGGUCUUUGCUUCCGAUCCUGUCACUGCACAAACCGCUGAGAACGCUGUUCAAAAUGUUCCGGCCAACUGUGUUGAUCUAGAUGUUUUCGAAAUUACUCCAGAAAUGAUAAUUGCUGCAGCAAAAAAAUUAAAAACGUCUUAUUCCGCUGGACCAGAUGGGAUUCCCGCUGUCAUUUUUUGCCGUUGUGCCGUUUUGCUUGCUGAGCCACUAUGCUGCAUCUUUAACAAGUCCUUCACGUCAGGAAAAUUCCCGGAGGUGUGGAAAAAUUCUAUCAUGUUUCCAGUUUUCAAAAGUGGUGAUCACAGCAACGUCAAAAAUUACCGUGGCAUUACUAGUUUAUCUGCUGGCUCAAAACUUUUUGAAUUAGUCGUAAGUGCAGCUAUUCAACGUAGCACUAGACACUACAUUUCCUCUGAUCAGCAUGGUUUCAUGUCUGGCCGCUCGGUGACUACGAAUCUUCUAGACUUCACCUCUAGUUGUAUUAAUGAACUUGAAUGUAAAGCACAGGUGGACGUGAUAUAUACGGAUCUGAAAGCUGCCUUCGACCGUAUUAAUCAUCGAAUACUGUUGGGAAAAAUCCUGCGAAUGGGUGCUUCGCGACAGUUCAUAGCUAAUGGUAAAGAAUACGCUCAAAUGCGCGAUAAAGAGCUGCCAGUAAAGAUCUAUGAUACGGAGAGCAUUAAAAUUAGGGAAAAGUUGCUCGAGGAGGUGAAAUAG